CCCGCGGCCCCGCCGGGCGGGCGGGGCGGGGCGGUGGCGCACUAGCCGUCCCAAGAUGGCGGCCGCUCCGGGCCGGGCUGCGAGGGCGGCAGCGGGGUCGGGGCCGGCGGGCAGGCGCUGAGCGGGGCGGCGGCGGGGGCUGGCGGCGCUCGCCUCCCCUCGCCUCCCCGCAGGGUGCGGGGUAGCUUUCCGCGCGGCCGCCAGGCUUCACCAUGCUGCGGGGCUAGAGCCGCCGAGGCGCCGCCGCAGCGCAGCGGGGUAAUAAUGUUAACAGAGACCAGUCUUUCCAUAUGGGGAUGGGGAAGCCUUGGCCUUGUGCUUUUUCUAGUAACUUUUGGACCCUUCGCUAUAUUUUACUUUGCAUUUUAUAUCCUCUGCUUUGUGGGUGGGGGUUUUGUGGUUACUCUUUUAUUUGGAAAAAGCAAUUCAGAAAAAUACCUUGAGCAGUGUGAACAUUCAUUUCUCCCUUGUACAUCAGUUGGGAUCCCUAAGUGCAUCGAAGAAAUGAAACGUGAAGCCAGACCUAUUAAGAUUGACAGAAGACUGACAGGUGCAAACAUAAUUGAUGAGCCUUUGCAACAGGUAAUCCAAUUUUCCCUGAGAGACUAUGUACAGUAUUGGUAUUACACACUAAGUGAUGAUGAAUCCUUUCUUCUGGAAAUUAGACAGGCUCUUCAGUAUGCACUUGUUCAGUUUUCUGCCAGGUCAAAGGAAACAGACUGGCAGCCUUAUUUCACUACACGACUUGUUGAUGACUUUGGCACUCAUCUUCGAGUUUUCAGAAAAGCUCAGCAAAGGAUAGCAGAGAAAGGCAAUCAAAUGAAAGAUCAAGCUGAGGAACUUGUAGAUACAUUCUUUGAGGUUGAAGUUGAAAUGGAAAAAGAAGUCUGUCGUGAUCUAGUCUGCACUUCUCCCAAAGAUGAAGAAGGAUUCCUAAGGGAUCUGUGUGAGGUUUUACUGUAUAUAUUGCUACCUCCUGGAGACUUCCAGAACAAGAUCAUGCGAUACUUUGUCAGGGAAAUCCUCUCCCGAGGAAUUCUUCUUCCGUUAAUAAACCAGCUCAGUGAUCCUGAUUAUAUUAAUCAGUAUGUCAUAUGGAUGAUUCGUGAUUCCAACUGUAACUAUGAGGCCUUUAUGAAUAUUAUUAAAUUAAGUGAUAAUAUAGGCGAGUUGGAAGCUGUGAAAGAUAAAGCAAGUGAAGAAUUGCAAUAUCUUCGAUCUCUAGAUACAGCAGGAGAUGAUAUCAACACUAUAAAAAAUCAAAUAAACAGUUUAUUAUAUGUUAUUAAAGUAUGUGAUUCAAGAAUUCAGAGGUUGCAGUCAGGAAAAGAAAUAGAUACUGUGAAACUGGCAGCAAACUUUGGAAAACUUUGCACAGUCCCUCUGGACCAUAUUCUGGUAGACAAUGUUGCACUACAGUUUUUUAUGGAUUACAUGCAGCAAACUGGUGGCCAAGCACAUCUGUUUUUCUGGAUGACAGUGGAAGGAUACAGGGUUACAGCACAGCAACAACUGGAGGUACUUCAAAGCCGACAGAAAGAUGGAAAACAUCAGACUAAUCAGACCAAGGGUCUAUUAAGAGCAGCUGCAUUUGGAGUUUAUGAGCAAUAUUUAUCAGAAAAGGCAUCUCCAAGAGUUAAUAUUGAUGACAACUUAGUAGCAAAACUUGCAGAAACACUGAACCAUGAGGAUCCAACGCCUGAAAUCUUUGAUGACAUUCAGAGAAAGGUGUAUGAGUUGAUGCUGCGAGACGAGAGGUUCUACCCUUCGUUCAAGCAGAACGUGUUGUAUGUGCGUAUGUUAGCUGAGCUGGAUAUGCUGAAGGAUCCCAGUUUCAGAGGAUCAGAUGAUGGUGAAGGAGAGUCUUUUAAUGGGUCUCCUACUAGCAGCAUAAAUUUGUCCUUAGAUGACCUUUCAAAUGUCCCUACUGAUGAGACAGUUCAGCUCCAUGCAUACAUCUCAGACACUGGAGUGUGUAAUGACCACGGCAAGACAUAUGCCCUGUACGCCAUCACUGUCCACAGGCGAAAUGCAAACAGUGAGGAGAUGUGGAAGACAUACCGGCGCUACAGCGACUUCCAUGACUUUCACAUGAGGAUCACUGAGCAGUUUGAAAACCUUGCAAAUAUACUAAAACUUCCUGGCAAAAAAACAUUUAACAAUAUGGACAGAGAGUUUCUGGAGAAGAGGAAAAAGGAUUUAAAUGCUUAUUUACAGCUCUUGUUAAAUCCUGAGAUGAUGAAAGCUUCUCCAGCUUUAGCCCAUUAUGUGUAUGACUUCCUGGAGAAUAAAGCCUAUAGCAAAGGGAAGGGGGAUUUUGCACGAAAGAUGGACACGUUUGUAAAUCCACUGCGUAACUCUAUGAGAAAUGUAUCAAAUGCAGUCAAGUCUAUCCCUGACAGCCUGGCAGAGGGAAUGACUAAAAUGUCAGACAACAUGGGUAAAAUGUCAGAGAGAUUGGGACAAGACAUAAAGCAAUCAUUUUUCAAGGUGCCACCUCUGAUGCAGAAAACCUAUUCAGAUCCUGACCAUUGCCGUGUUGCAGCACCAAUUGAUGACAAUGUGGAUGACAAUAUACCACUGAGAGUAAUGCUGCUACUUAUGGAUGAAGUCUUUGAUUUGAAGGAGAGAAAUCAGUGGUUAAGAAGAAAUAUAAAAAAUCUGCUUCAGCAACUUAUUAGAGCAACAUAUGGUGACACAAUUAAUAGAAAAAUAGUUGAUCAUGUUGAUUGGAUGACAUCUCCCGAGCAAGUAGCAGAUGCAGUGAAACGCUUCAGAGACGCUUUUUGGCCCAAUGGCAUUUUAGCAGAAACUGUUCCACGGAGGGACAAAGCUAUUAGAAUGAGAACAAGAGUGGCAGGGAAAACCAAAUUGCUGGAGGUAAUGCCAGAUGAAAUGAAGCACAUCAUAGGUGCUGAGACUACACGGAAAGGCAUUCUUCGGGUCUUCGAAAUGUUCCAGCAUAGUCAGCUGAAUAAGAGAAUGGUGUAUGUGUUUCUGGAGAGAUUCCUAGAAACCUUAUUUCCACAAAAUAAGUUCCCUGAGUUGUUCCACAAACUGCAUUCAAGGUCAAAGCAAAUGCAGAGAUAUAAGCAGAGACUACACUCUACUCAAGCGCCUUCCUUACAGAAAAGGUGACACUUCAAAUCCAUUAAGCUGGUGUUUGUUUGUCCAGGAUUAAUUACUUGGGCAGAUUCUCUGGGGCUUCAAACUCACAUGCCGUCAUUUCUGCACCAGUCUUCUAGUGUCACAUAUUAGAUUAUUAAUGCAUCUGUAAGACCUGUGGAUCUUCUCAUCUUCACUUGUAGUUCAACCACGACCAGAAUGGUUUGUGUGUCUUAAAUGAUUUGGUGCGUCUUCAUACAACAUAGGGAAGAGAACUGGCCCAGUAUAUCAGAAUGCCCAUCCCUUCCGUUCCUGAGUCAAUGUUUUGCCAGCAAUGCAAAGAGCCAGACUGUUCAAGUAAAGCACAACUAUGGUGAUACAAUUGAAGAAAAGAGUAUUUUGGCACUGGGAGAUAGUGCAAUGUGUGAGAAAUGGAAUUGUUCAGCGUUACAAGUGUUGAGGCCUGUAGGGCUGUUGUAACAUUCCUGUAAAGGCUGAAUUAACCAGAAAAGCAGUCUGUGGAAUUACUAUAACCUAAUGGUUGAUAGGAGCAGGGAGAAAAAGCUAUAGCCCCAUCAUAAAAGUACAUUUAUUGAGUAAAAGUGGAGGUAAGGUGGCUUUUAUGCCAUAUUUGCAUCAUCUUUCAUAUUUUGAAAAUUAAACUAACCUUAUAUCUAAUGGGGGUUUUAGUAAAAGCAGAGGUGCAGUAGAAACAAACCCUUUAUUUUGAUUAUUCUGUAGUGUUUAAGGGCCAUAUGCUGCUCUUACAGCACCUGGCAUACAUUUUGCAUGUAACUUCAGUGGAGAAGAAGCAUCAUAUUUAUGUUCAAUUGGUCUAUUGGAACAUAAGUCAAGUUGGUAGUUGUAGAAAGAAAGGAAUAUAUGUUUCAAAGAGGAUAGAUAUUAUGUUAGAAGAUGAGGAAAUUGCACUAAGGCACAGUUUAGACACAACUUCCCACUAAAAUCUGGAGCAUUUUUGGGAUGUGAAAGAACUAUGUCCUACCUAAUUGAAAGAUUCCGUACCUUUUAGUGUGUAUGCCUCAUAUGGAAAAAUGCUAGAAUUACUUGGUUCCUCACAGGUAAAAGAUUUCAUUAGUCAUAUGCAAACACUUGGAAAUUUCUGAAUGCAUCUCAGUGUAUAUAUGAAAAUAAAAAGGAAAUAAAACUACAAUAUUUUUUUAAAUAAUUUUUUUAUUUUUUGCAUAGUGUAAAAUUUUAAUAAAAAUUUGACAUCAAGGCCCCACAUCCAUCUGUUUAGUUUCAUGGAAGAAGUUCUGUCCAAGUAAAAAUACAGUAACAUUUGAAUAAUCCUGUUUGGCCACAGCAUAUCUCAGUUUGUGUUUUCUUUUUCAUAGUCCCCAACUGUUUGAGCACUGCUAUCUUGAGUGAAUAGAAGGUAAUCUUUUAGAGUCCCUUUUAUUUCUGAACACUAAACACAGGGUAAAAUACAGUUAUGGAUCAAGGAUCCCUGGAUCCUUGUUGUAAUUUGUGUCUUAAUGGGAGCAAAUGGUCCUUUCAUGCAAGAGAGAAACAUAGACCUUUGAUGAAAGCAUUCUGAGACAAGAUAGAAGGCUCUCAAAGGACCUCGUUAAAUUGACUGACACUUCUAUAUAGAUAUUUUUUUCUCAUGGACUCUAUUAAUGAAAUGUAGCCUUUUAUCAUACUCCUUAAUGAUGAUCAUAUUGUACCAUUAACAUUCUCAUACAGUAUGCAUGGGCUCAAGUGCACUUGUUUUUUUCUUUAUUGCAGAACUAAAUGCUGUAAAUUAAAUCCCUUUCUUUUGUAAUCCCUAGGAAGAUAACUUGAUAAAUAUAGAAGAACCCCUCUCCCUUCCUCUCUGCAGGUUCUGUGGAAGUGUGAUGGUUAAAUGCUUUUGAAUUUAACAAAAUUCUUGAGUUCUGUGUGAAGUAAUCAACAUAGCCAGCUCCUAUUGUUUACAUGCCUGUAUCUUCCUCUGUGAGGGUGCUCACGCAUAACUGAUAUCUGACUGAUGAAAGAUCAUUCAGCAGUUGUUCUUGGUGAUACAGUAAAUAUCUCAUUAAUCCUACCAAAUCUAAUUUGUCUUUUAAGUCACUGAAUUUGUUAAGCAGUAUGAAAGUGGGAAGUUCAAAUACUGUUUUGUCAAAUCUGUGGAACCUUUUAUCUAUCUGUAGGUACUAUGAAAAAUUCCAACAAGAUAGUGGUAAUAUACAAAAUUGGCUUUUUUUUUUUUUUUUUUUUUUUUUUUUUUUUUUUUUUUUUACUUUUUGGUUAUCUGGUACAUUUCUGUGCAAAAAAAAUAAUAUCUCUAGGAAUGUGAACUAAACAUAAUACACCAUACUUAUUAGUCAUUUUACUUAAUUUAUUGCAUAUACCUAUACACACAUUUAUAUACGCAUGUGUGCAUACGUAUAUAUGUAUUGGAGUUUUAUCUUCUGUAUUUAAUUACAGAAUGUGGCUUUCUAAUUCAGUGGUGCCUGUUGGCUGGCAAGAACCCUCAGAAAUGAGUACUUUUUGUUAGAGCGAGUGUGUAUGUAUCUUUGUUUAAAAGGUUUUCCUGUCGACAAUUUGAAGUACCCAGGCUGUCAACCCAUGCAGCCUAUUAUCCUAGGAAGUCUCCAAAACUGAAUGUUAAUAUACAGCACUUCAGUGUCUGGGUAUAUCUUCUGGCCUUUAGGUGCUGUGACUGGCCACUGAAAAUUGUGCCACUGUCAAGAAAUGCACUUGUUUUAGCCUUAAUUAUUUUUAAGAUAAAAUGAGCAAUUGAAUUUUCAUUUGGUUCAUCCGCAAGCUUGUGCUGCUGGUGUUUGCUAGAAUUAAACAGUUAAUUUUAAGUGCUACCAGAAUGUGUACCAAAAUGAAACUAUAUAAAUUCCACAAUCUAAAUUUUAAUUCUGUGCAAUAUUUUCAUUUAAUGCAUGUGUAUUUGAAUAGCUGUAAAAUAAAUGAAUUUUUAAUGUUUUGAAGUCUAAGUUAAAAAUGUCUUCUCAGGUGAACAAUUCUACAUUCUGUUGUUACUUUAGUUUAUUUAAGGACUUGUUUUAAAAGUCUUACUUGUUACUCCUUUGUUAAUUCCUUUGUUCUCAAUGAUCCUUGCUCUCGUGAGCAAAGCUCAUGUAUUACAAGGGAAGAAUCUGAAGAAUACAUCUCAUAAACUCAUAAAGCUGUUAUAAAUUACUUGUGCAUAUCAUUGUACAGUAAGUGUCAGCUGUGUGCCUAAUUGUUCUAUUGAUGCUUUUCCCCUCCCCUCCCCUCCUCUCGUUUCUGUAACAAAGAAUGAACAUGAAAUGGGCUGCCAUGGUCACUUCUGCUGAAUGGCAGAGGACUCUGAAUUUUUUUUGGAGUUUGCAUUUAUGUUCUGUCCAAUAGAAAGCUAAAAAAUUACACUAAUAAAGUAUUAACAGGA